ACUCAAUUUCUAGAUGACUAAGCGCAACCCAAAAAAGUCCCCCGGGUUUUCGUUUCCAUCUCGAAAGUCCCAAUUGACAGACCCGAGUUUCUGCUUUCCCCCCAACAUAACCGACCUCGUGCGCUGACAAUAAACACACACGAUGCUUGCAUCGAGCAGAGGGUCGGUGCUGAGGCAAGCCCUGGGCGCCUCACCGACCGCUUCGUUGCCGAGCUUCCUCGGGCCGGCCGCGUUCCAGGCGUCGACAAGGACAACAGCCACCACCACUCCCACCAUCAUCACCGCGCGACGGCCCUUCUCCGCGACGAGCCAACGGCAUUCCAAGCUGGGACGGACGCCUCUCUCGAUUCCGCUGGGCGUUGAGCUUCUCAUUGGCGAGCCCAAGGUCAAGCCCGAUCCGACAACGUAUUUGAGGAUCCCGAAACGGACCGUCACCGUGAAGGGGCCGCUAGGGUCGCUUGAUUUGGAGAUACCGCCGUUUUUGAAAAUUGACCAUGAUGUUGAGGCGAGGAGGGUCGCUCUGACCAUCGAGGACGAUACUGUGAAGGAGCAAAAGGAGAUGUGGGGCACGACAUGGGCGUACCUCAACCGCUACAUUAUGGGCGUCUCGGAAGGACACAACGCGUUGAUCCGGCUUGUGGGCGUCGGGUACAGGGCGACAGUCGAGCCGCGGGCCGGCAAGGAGGAGUUCCCGGGGCAGAAGUUUCUCUGCCUCAAGCUCGGGUUUACGCACCCAGUCGAGGUGGGCAUCCCGCGCGGGGUGACGGUCACGACGCCGACGCCGACGCGCAUCCUGGUGGAAGGCAUCAACCGGGAAGAGAUCAUGAGCUUCGCGGGGCGGGUGCGCAAGUGGAGACCCCCCGAGCCGUAUAAAGGAAAGGGCGUGUUCAUCAAUGACCAGACCAUCAAGCUGAAGCAGAAGAAGAUCAAAUAAAUGCAAAAAUGGACGGGGAAGGAGGAGGAUUGGGACUGGGAGCAAAACGAAGGAAGGUGGAAGGACAAAAUGUACGGGAGGGACGAACACGACGGAGAGGUUGGGGAUCGGGCUGGGUGCACCCGCCUUUCCCCCGUUGUUCCGUUCCCGUGUAUAAAUAUCUCGUCUAUGUACGUUACGGGUGUACUACUAUACUUAGUAUUGCUUUUUGGAUUCCUCCCCGAGACUUCUCAAUGCGGUGUCGUUGACAAGACAAAUCAUAAAAGAUGAAGAAAAAAAUAAUAUACAUGGCGACAUCAUGCGGCUGUCGAUUUCUGGCGCAGCACAUCUUGCACCGCCUUGAGCACCUCCCCGUGCACGGCGGCGGGGGCGGCAACGACACCCUUGUUAUUGGCGAGGGUCCUCCCGACGGAGAAGUCGAGCGCCUUGCCGUCCACGUCGGUGACCUG